CGGACGGGGGCGGGGACCUUGCAGGGUACUGGAUCCGGGCGGCGAGGGAGUUGGGUGUUGGGUGCUGUUGACUCAGCGCUGCUGUUUGGGUUUCGCUGGUCGGCGUCCUUUUGGGUCUCUUUCACGUGGGGCCUGCUGGGCGCCCCAGCCUCCCAAGGGCAGCUGCUGUGGUGGCACGCGAAUGACUUCCUCCCCAACUAAUUGUAUUUUGAACUGAUUUCUCAACUAUUUUUAUUUUAACUGCAUCUUACUUGAAUGGAAAUAUGGUGAUGGGCAAGCCCCGCAAGCUCCGCAGCACUUCUGUAGGGACUAUUACUCUGCUGUCAAUAUCUGCGGUUUAAAUUCUUGGCCUCCAACCUGGAGCAUUAAGUUCACCCUUAAAUUUAUUUAUCCCACUUUUGGUAAUAGAGCCUGUGUCAAAACUUGGGCUACAAAGAUAUUCAGAGCAGCUUUCGCAACCACCAGAAGUAAAAAGAAACUAAAAAUAGCCUAAAUGCCUAACCACAAAUUGAUAAAUAAGUUUACAUAAGGACACAGAAAACUGAAUAAUCAACUGAGGGUGCAAGAAGUGGGCUGUAAAAAUUGAAUGAAUAUAUAGAUUAUAAUCGAAUAUAUAAAUUAUAAUCAAGUAAUAUGGAUGUAGCCACAAUCAUUGAAUUUUCAGAAGGCAUUGCAUAGCUGUAGAUGGUUGCUGUGAUAUGCAGAUUGGUUUUAUUUUCUGAAACCUCAUUUUUUUAAAAAUUAUGACACUUUCCCCCAGGAAAAAGAUCAGUAAGGCUUCUAUACUUGUAGCUAGUACAAUAGAUGGAAUGGAAGAUUGUGUUUGUUGGUCACUGUUAAUAAUCCAUGCCAAGUUCCUUUCAGCUUAUACCCUACAGUCCUUCUAAAGUUUCCUUACAGCUUUGAAAUGCAAGAACCACUGUGGUGACAACUGUAGCUCUAAAGACCUGGCUUUUCCCAAGGAGUUGGUUCUAAAUUAACAUUUCGUGCUACAUACAGAUUUAAUUUCUGUUCCUCUGCUGUGAUGACUCAUCCCAAAGCUGAGAGAGGUUGUACACUUACAGGAGGCUGGAACAGGUGAUGAUGAUCAAGUGGGAACUCAGGGCAGAUCUUUAGUGAUGGUCUCUGUUCUGCCUGAUGCCUUUAAUUUGCGCAUCCCUUGGUCCUGUUGAUUUGUGUUCUUUUCCCAGAAGUGAGGUGAGUAUUCAGAUAAUCAAAACUCCACACAAGACUUGAACAACAAAAAUACAGCUGAAGUGUAAUAACUACUUCAAUUGAAAAUUGACUAAUAUUUGUAGGAGAGACAUGGUUAAAUCCCUCAGCUGCUAACUGAAGACUGGUGGUUCGACAAAGAAGGGCCUGGUGGUCUAUUUCUGAAAACUCAGCACUUGAAAACUCUAUAGAGCACAGUUCUACCCUGACACACACUGGGUCCCCAUGGUUUGGAAUUGACUUGAUGGCAACUGGUUCAAUAUUUGUAUUAACAGUAGUCUCUGUUUCUCUCUCUCUCUCUCUUUUUUUUUUUUGUUACUAGUUAUGCUGCACUCUAAAUGAAGUGCUUUUCUUCCACUUUUUUGUUCAAAUAUAGAUACACAUUGGAAUUUACUUUUAUCCACUUUCUUUUUUUAAUGUAAGGAGAAAAAUGACUGCUGGUUCAGUGUGUGUCCCUCAGAUCAUACCACUGCGAGUGCCUCCGCCCGGAAAAGCCAAACAUGAAAUUGAUAACAAUACACUUUUGGAAAUGAAAUCGGACACCCCAGAUGUCAACAUAUAUUAUACCCUGGAUGGCAGCAAACCUGAAUUUCUAAAGAGAAUCGGUUACGGUGAAAAUAAUACAUAUAAGUAUACAAAACCUAUUACUUUGCCUGAUGGAAAAAUACAAGUUAAAGCUAUUGCAGUUUCUAAAGACUGCAGACAGAGUGGCAUUGUAACGAAGGUGUUUCAGGUAGACUAUGAACGACCAGAUACCGUCUCUUCUGAAGACAGUGUUGAAAAUGUUCUCAAAGAUUCUUCAAAGCAGGAAUUGAAAAAUGGGUUUGUUGGAUCAAAACCAAGAAAGAAAGAUAAGAAUGGUGAAAAGAAACCUGACUGGAAUGUUAACCUUAGAAAAUUUCCAGGCCUUGAGAUAGGUGAAAGAACUGACCCUAAAAUUUUGAAAGGUCUUCGCUUCUCAGAGAGUCCACUGGAAAUCCGUGAAAAAUCAGGUUCUAGACCACCCACCCGCCAGUCCCAGUUCUCUAGUUUUGCACACAUAAAUGGCCAGAAGAGUUUGACAAGCACGGAGAUCAUGAGAAUUCAAAGAGACACCGAUUUUCUCAAGUGUGCCCACUGCCUGGCCCCUCGUCCAUCUGACCCUUUUGCUCGCUUCUGUCAAGAAUGUGGCUCUCCUGUCCCGCCCAUAUCUGGCUGCCGUCUCCCACCUCCGGAAGGAGCUCAGAUGGGCUUAUGUGUGGAAUGUGGAAGCAUGGUACCCAUGAACACUUCCAUCUGUGUGGUGUGUGAUGCCCCCCUCACUCUGCAGCUGCAGCCACAGGCCAGUCUCCAUUUGAAGGAGAAGGUAAUCUGCCAAGCCUGUGGCACAGGGAACCCUGCUCACCUGAGAUACUGUGUUACCUGUGAGGGGGGCCUGCCUUCGUCACACGAGUCGAUGUGCAGUGGUGAUAAACCCACUACCCCAUCCACUCAGAAAGCAGAGACCUUUUCCUGUUCCAAAUGUGGUCGCCAGAAUCACCGGGAGGCUUGCUUCUGCAACUGGUGUGGAACCAAGCCUGGUAUUUCCACUUGCUAUUCUGUUUGUCUUAAAUGUGGAGCUAGCAAUUACCCAUCUGCUCGAUUUUGUGGCUCCUGUGGCAUUUCUUUGGAGUCCUUGACAAGACUAAGCUUGGAAAACAGCGUGGCCCGAGCUACUGGAGAACUCUGCCCUUUUUCUAAGCCCCGCUCUGCCUGGCAGUCCCUGAGUGUUCUUGUGCCUAGAUCUGAUGCUGGGACUAAGAAGGAUGUCGGCACACAGACAGUUGGCCUGUUCUACCCAUCCAGCAAGCUACUAGCAAAGAAGGAACUGGAGCUGACUUCUCAAGAACAAAGGCGGGCGAAGAUGAGUGACCAUAGACCUAUCCUCACAGCCAUCAGCCCGGGAAGAGGAUAUUGGAGAAAACAGUUGGAUCAUAUCUCUGCUCAUCUCAGGUCUUAUGCUCAGAACAACCCUGAAUUCCGGACCUUAAUUGCAGAACCCAGGAUGGGAAAGCUUAUCUCUGCUACUGUCCAUGAAGAUGGUUGUGAGGUUAGCAUCAGGCUGAAUUAUAUUAAAGUCUCAAGCAAGAACCUUGACUUCAACAAGGUGGUGGAUUUCAGUGACCACUUUCUGAGCAGUGUCACCGAGGGUGGUAAUGGGCUGUUCAGCAGCAGAUCCAGCUCGGUGAGUGACUACAGCCAGAGUCCCUCAGAUACCACUGAAAAAGCCAAGAGGACAAAGAACUUCAAGGCCAAAAAAUUUCAAGAGAAGAAAGAACAGCUUAGACCUGAAAACAGACACUUGCUGAAGGAAGUCGGACCUGCAGGGGGAGGAAGAGUCUCUGUUAUUGAACAGCUGCUUGAUGAAGGAGCAGAUCCUAACUGCAGUGAUAGUGAAGACCGGCCUGUCAUCACCGUCGCUGUUAUGAACAAGCACCACGCAGCGAUUCCGAUUCUCGCGCAGAGAGGAGCACACGUCGACCAGCAGUCGGGACUGCUCAGAAAUACAGCUCUUCAUGAAGCAACUCUGCUUGGCCUGGAAGGAAGGAAGUGCAUUGCUGCUUUACUGGGAUGCAACGCAAGCAUCCAAAAGAAGAACACGAAAGGCCAGACAGCAUAUGACCUGGCUCUGGAGAUGGGGGAUGACCUCAUCAUCUCCUUCUUUGCUGCUAAGCUUGGCCAAGGGCCCCUGGACCAAUUUGUCCAGUCCAGAAGCCUCAGCCUGGAUGACUGUUAGACCUGAGGACCACCACAGGCAUCCUCUGAGAAACCACCCAGCUCUGGCUUUCUUUUGUGCCUUUCUUUCUGAAACGUGUAUUUGAGAAUUGAAGUUGAGAGGAACUAAUGUGAUUUUUUUUUUUUAAUGAUAUGACAGUGGUGUAAGCCGCCAAAACCACAUGGGCAUUUCCCAGCAUACCUUGGAUUGUGAUGAGCUCAAUAUUUGCUUUUUAAUGGUUUAUUGUUUGUUGUUGUUUUUUUUUUCAGAAUGUUCUUCUCAAGUUUUAAUUUAUUUUUCAAUAGAUAAUAAUUGCAUAUCAUUCAAAGCUAAAAGGUAUAAACUAUUAUACAGUGAAAAGUCUCCCUCUCAUUCCUGCCGCAUAGCCACCUAAUUCCCCUCCUCAGAGGCCACCAGUGAUACCAGUGUCAUCUGUGUCUUCCCAGAGAGAGUACAGGAGUAUAAAGAAAUUCCUACCUAUAGAAUAUACAGAAAAUAUAGAUACAUAUAUUCUUUUCCCUCUUUUAGCAUAAAUAGUAGCAAACCAACACUGUCCUGCAGCUUGUUCCUUUUGCUUAAUGGAUCUUGUAGGUGGUUCA